AUGAGUGCCAUUUCAAGCUUAGUUCUGAUAGGAUGGGCUAUGUGCCUAGAAAACAGCUAUAAGUACUACGACCCUGUUCUUCAGCCAACAAACUUUUACAAGCCAAGCACGGCGGCGUUUUUAGAAAGCAGGCCACUGAUGUUUGCGCCCGAGCAGCUGAGCAGGAAUGCCAUUCUGCACAACCCAGUGGCCUUUGGAGAGGGAAACUUCUACAAGCUUCUGUAUCCAUCAAUGACUCGGCUAACAAGCUAUCUCAACGACCACAGCCCUUUAUUUGGUGAUUGGUACCGCUCGCCAAGCCUGAUUAUGAGCAAGAGCGACAAGGAGGAAGUCAUCUCAGGCCUGUACAAAGCACAGCCCAAGGGCGACAAGGAUUUGAAGGAAUUCUGGGGAUUCAUAAUGGGGGAGCUUCUCAUCAGAGAUCUUCCCGAGUUGAAGAAAAGCCUUGGAGAGCUGAAGGGAAUACAGAACGAAGAGAGGAAGAAGAAAAGCGUGGCCGAGUUUAAGGACAUCGCCGACCAGAAGGACAACGACGAAAACAGCUUCUUUGGGACAGCGUGGUUUAUUCUGGACUGCCUUUCUCUCGGAGUUUCCAAUCGGAAUGCAGAGAUCUACGGGGAUGUCAUUGGGCCGUUUGUGGAUGCAGCCAUUGCCUUCAAGUCUCUUGAGCAUAACUUCUCAAACAUCAUUGGGUCCUCCAGGAGCAUGUCUUCUUACAGAACAAAUAGUACAGAACAAAUAGGAUCUAAGAAGUAA